AUGCUGCCCAGCAACUACUGCUGUGGCUCGGACGGCAACAUGCAGAGAUAUAAAGCCAACAGAGCUCCUAAACCAGUCAAGGCCAAAGAGGAAGAAGUAUCAGAGGAGACUAGCACUCAGAGUGGAGUGUUGACCUGGCUCUCUCAUGGCUUCUCCAGCGCACUGCCCCAGCCGGCAGGCAGCCCGCGGCUGGCCAGGGCAAACUCGGAGGUCAAGGUGCAUGAAAUGAAAGAUGUCCCUGAUGCUGAGCCUCUCCCCCACAUCCCUGUGGUGGAGCUUGUGUCAGAAGACGAAGGAGGUGAGGACGAAAGCAAAGUCGGCCCUCCACGUGUCAUUGAGUGGCUGAAGCAUGGCUUCGAGAAGGUGGUGCCACAGCCAGUCGAUACCCACUCCGAGGUCUCUGUGAAGAAGCCAACAGAACUUUCUGAGGUCUCCAAGACUGAAGAGGAGUCUGUGAGCUCACAUGUGGUCGGCUGGUUCGUGUCAGGUUUUGGCCGCAUGAUACCUCAGCCUGUGCUGAAAGCUUCAGAGAACGGUGAUGCAGUGCAACAUGUGUGUCUGCUGGAGGACAUGGUCCUGGAGGAGGUGGAGGAGGACUGGGACGGCGACCAGAAGGAGCACGCCGCUGCCCCCUGCUGCUCGGCGAUGGACGGAGACGAGCCGCAGGCGAGCCAGGGCGUGUCCCUGCUGCAGGCCCUGCCCCAGCUGUUACCGCAGGUGAUGGCCAUGCAGGAGCAGGAGGACGCCGAGGCCCAGGCCAAGGAGGCCGAGCGGAAGGCAAUGGAGGAGGAGAGCAGGCUGCAGCAGGAGAGGCUGGAGGCGGCCCGCGCUGAGGAGGAGUUAGCCCGGCAGGCGGCAGAGAUGGCCGUCCGGCAGCUGGAGGAGGACACGGGCACCCCCAUAGCCCAGCUGGCCGAGCCCGACGACGGAGAGCAACUGCCCGAUAUCCAGGAGGAAGAGAAUGAGGAAGACCCAGAGCUGCAGGGGCUGCGUGAGGACAGUGAGGAGGAGACUAAGACUGACAGCAUAGUUGCAGCUGAAGAACAGCAGCCUGAGCCUGAGGCGGAGGCCGAGCCCGAGCCUGAGCCAGUGCCUGAGAGAGUUCCGUCCCCUGAGCCUGUCAUUGAGGAGUCUCCAGUGACCACACAGCCUACGCCGGCCAGCAAAGAGCCCACCCCACCCGCUAAUGAACAGGAGGAAACAGCAGAGGGCGGAUGUGGAGAGGUCAUCCAUGAUAAGCCAAUGGUGAUUGUGGAGCUUGUGGAGGAAGCGGACGUAACAGCUCCAUCGAACAUUCCACAGAUAAUCGUCGCUGAUGACCCUGAGGCCAUGGGCAUCACUAUGCCAGGAAAAGAGGGCCAAGAGGAGGAUAAAGAGGGCCUUCUGAAGCUGGAUGAAGAAACCAAGCUGCGGUCGCACUCCUCCGCAAGCCAGUCCGGCAUGGCGGUGAGCGACCGGCUGCAGGAGCUGGUCCAGCUGUUCAAGCAGCGCACAGAGCGGGUCCGAGACAGACUCAUUGACCCCGACGAGUCCGAGGAGGAGAGUCCGUCCGCCUCUCCUGCAAAGAAGCCUGCACCAGGGCCACCUCCUCCCCCGCCCCCCGAGGAGACCAAAGAAGCCCCUGCUGAUGAAGCACCGGAGGAGGAGGAGGAAGAGAAAGUCUUUGAAUUCAUGGGCCAUCAAAUCAAAAUACCAAAGCUCAAACUUCCCCCACUUCCUGGUUGGCUUAGAACCAUCAUUGACUAUCGGUUCCCUUCUAGCAUCGACCCUUUCACCAACAUGAUCUACGUGUUGUGGCUGUUCUUUGUGACAUGCGCCUGGAACUGGAACGUCUGGCUCAUCCCCGUGCGCUGGGCCUUCCCGUAUCAGACCCCGGAGAACAUCCACUGGUGGCUCUUUGCUGAUUACUUCUGCGACCUGAUCUACAUCACCGACAUUCUAAUCUUCCAGCCCAGACUCCAGUUUGUCCGUGCUGGAGACAUUGUGUGUGAGAAAAAGGACAUGAGAGAAAACUACCUAACAACGAACAGGUUCAAGAUGGAUGUGCUUAGUAUGAUCCCUUUGGAUGUGCUGUACUUCAAAACAGGCGUCAUCUCCUUGCUGCGCUUUCCUCGCCUGCUUAAGUACAUGGCGUUCUUUGAGUUUAACGACCGCGUGGAGGCAGUCAUGCGUAAAGCCUACAUCUACAGAGUUAUCAGAACCACUGCCUACCUGUUGUACUCCUUGCACAUCAAUGCGUGUCUGUUUUACUACUUCUGCGACUACCACGGCCUGGGAUCCUCUAAGUGGGUUUAUAAUGGCAAAGGGAACAAGUACAUACGCUGCUACUACUUUGCGGUGAAGACCCUGAUCACCAUUGGUGGUUUGCCAGAUCCCACCACAGUCUAUGAAAUUACAUUUCAAGGGGUCAAUUACUUUGUGGGUGUGUUCGCGUUUUCUAUCAUGAUUGGUCAGAUGAGAGAUGUCAUUGGAGCUGCUACAGCAGGAGAGACAUACUACAGAGCUUGCAUGGACAGCACCAGCAAGUACAUGACAACCUAUCGCAUUCCCAGUGAGGUUCAGAACCGGGUCAAAACCUGGUACGACUACACCUGGAAGUCUCAAGGCAUGCUGGAUGAACUGGAACUGCUCACACAACUGCCACUUAAGAUGCAGCUUGACAUUGCGGUGGAUGUGAACUUCGCUAUUGUCAGCAAAGUGGCCCUCUUUCAGGGUUGUGACAGACAGUUAAUCUUUGACAUGCUUACAAGAUUGAAGUCUGUAGUUUAUCUCCCAGGAGAUUUUGUCUGUAAAAAGGGUGAGAUUGGUCGUGAAAUGUACAUCAUAAAAGCAGGAGAGGUGCAAGUGGUCGGUGGUCCUGAUAACACUAUUGUGUUUGUAACGAUCAGAGGAGGAUCUGUGUUUGGAGAAAUCAGCCUCUUAGCAGGGGGUGGAGGUAACAGACGCACAGCCAAUGUCAAGGCUCAUGGCUUUGCUAACCUCAUGAUCCUGGAUAAGAAGGACCUGGCUGACAUCCUGAAGAACUACCCCGAGUCCCAGAAGCUGCUUCGCAAGAAGGCCAAGAAAAUGCUGACAAAGGAUAAGAAACCUGAAGCUGAAGGUGCAGGCAAAAAAGCUGAGGAGGUCAUCCCUCCACGCCCGGAGACACCCAAGCUCUUCAAGGCCGCCCUGGUUGCGACGGAGAAGGCUGGCAUCGCGGGCACCUUCGCCAAGCUAAAAGAAACGUAUCCUGGUCUGGAGCCACCCACCUCAAGCUCCAUAUCUCCCAUGCCUCCUCCAACGCCCACACGCCGACGCUCUCCUAUCCCAAAGUCAAUGCAGCAGGAGACGGACGACACGGUAGCCGAGACGGCCGACAGCAGCGUGGUCAUACGCAUGACCCCGCGCCAGGGGGGCGAGGAGAUCCUGACCGUGGAGCAGGGGUCAGAAGCAGCAGGGGCAGCGGCAGGGGCAGGGGCAGCGGUAGGGGCAGCAGCAGCAGCGAAAGGGACAGGAAGUAAGGCGAAGGAAGCAAGUAAGGGGAAGGCAGGAAGUAAAGCAAAGGAAGUAAAGAAGAAGAAGUAG